AUGGGCGUCUCAGAGAAGGAGGUCGAUUUCCCUCGAAGUGGUGCACCUUCGGUCCGAACACCCAACACUGCAAAAUCGGCGAUUUCAAAGAGUUUUAAAACGAUUAAUGACGAGAAUCAACUAUUCGGUGUUCCCAAAAAGCGGAAAUCAAAGAGCAAGGGUCCUUCAACUUCUGAAACACCCUCGAAAAAGAAAAAGUCUGAAGAGAAGACAGCAGUAUGGAGCAAACCGAUAACGUUGGAACUUCUCACCGACGGUGUUAUGGGAUUAGGAGUUGUUACAGAGAUUCACGAAGAUUAUGUGUUAUUAGAAACUGCAGACUCAUGUCGUGUCAAACUUCCUGCCACUCAGAUCUCAAAGAAGUUUACGGAACUUUUGAAACUCGAAAAGAUUUCGCUGGAGUCUGCGUUUGUUGUUGGCCAGAUGGUUGCGUUUCGUGUCACUGAGCGAAGUUUACAAACGUCAGUGAAGAAAGGAAAAGUUAACACGAAGAAAAGGAGGUCAUCAUUACCCGUUGUUACCUGUGAUCCUUCGAAGAUGUAUUCUCAUUUCUCACCUGCUAGGCUUGUUCCCGGCUUGGUGUUGCAAGGUAUUGUGGAAAGUGUUGAAGAGAAAGGUGCUGUGUUGAACAUUGGUAUGCAAUCGCUACAAGCCUUUUUGCCUACCAAGAAACAAUUACGAACUCUAGAAGUUGGUCAGCCAGUCAUGGUUCGCAUAGAAGUUGUGAGCUCGACCAGAGUUAUUGCUGUGACCGCCUAUGUCGAGCAGGAUAAUUUAUGCUUGGAAGCGUGUCAGAGUCUCCAACUUAAUCACUUAACGCCGGGUACUAUCAUAGACUGCGAACCCGAUGCAGAGCCUUCAAUAACAGCAGGAAUUUAUGUCGCUUUAGGGAAUGGCAUUCGUGGUUUUGUGGCAAAAAGCCAUCUACCACCUCGCUUGCGUGGCGACAUAACCAAGAUUGGAAGAGCGCUGCGUUGUGUUGUUAUGUUUUGCCAGCAGAACACUCCUCUCCUUGUGCUCUCUGCACAUCCUGAUAUCAUUGCCAUUAGCAAACCUGAGAAGCGCUCUUCAUUUCUGGGUUAUUCUAUUGGCGAUCGUUUGAAAUGUACUGUCAUCGAUGUCGUUCCAUCAACAUUUCUUGUUUGUUUCUCACUACCCACGACAGAGGAUGGGAAAACACCAUUAGUGUCUGCUAUCUCUUACAAAAAAUAUUUGAACAAACCGGAAGAGAUAGAAAAAGUGUAUCCAGUUGGUUCUGAGCACACUUGUCGAGUUAUGAACUUCCGAUAUGCUGACCGGUGUAUCAUUGUCUCUACUCGUAAGGAUAUGCUCAGUCAAAAAUUCGUAUCCUAUAAGGACGCGGUACCAGGCCAAGUGGUGGAAGCUCAAGUGACAGACAUUCAUCCCCGUGGCGUUCAAGUGGCAUUGAAUGAUUUUGUGAAAGGGUUUAUUCCUGCAGAACAUGCUGCUGAUAAAAAAGUUGCUCUAGAGAAGGCAUUUACAGUUGGUAAAUCUGUCAAAUGUCGUGUGUGGUUCGUAAAUGAGGCCAAUCAGCAAGUGUGGCUUACGGCCCGCCCAUCUCUUGUGAACUACAAGGACGCGGUACCAGGCCAAGUGGUGGAAGCUCAAGUGACAGACAUUCAUCCCCGUGGCGUUCAAGUGGCAUUGAAUGAUUUUGUGAAAGGGUUUAUUCCUGCAGAACAUGCUGCUGAUAAAAAAGUUGCUCUAGAGAAGGCAUUUACAGUUGGUAAAUCUGUCAAAUGUCGUGUGUGGUUCGUAAAUGAGGCCAAUCAGCAAGUGUGGCUUACGGCCCGCCCAUCUCUUGUGAACUACAAGGAUGAAGGAGUCGUCAGCGUUGGAGUUGUGUUAAAACUUUUGGAGACGGGCGGUGCGAUUUUGCAGUUUUUCGGUACAGUGCGAGGGCUCCUCGUCGCUAGUGAGGCGAAAAGAGUCGGUACCGAAAUCAGGCCAGGGCAAGUGCUUGAAGUUCGUGUCACAUCAGUCAACGUUGCCGAAAACAGGAUCACAUUGGCGUUAGCUGACGAAGGAGCUGGUUGUGCCGAAUAUGUUGUUAACCCCAAGGGAAUUGAUUUCUCAUUUGAUGAAAAUGUCCUGACUGCUGUUGUUGAUGACGUUGUGGAAUCUACGAUAAGUGGCCAUAGAUCUGAAAAAGCAACGCUUCAUCUCGAUUCAAAGUCCUCCAUCAAAGGUCACCUCGUAUCGAAUCUUGUUUCUGAUUCGCUUGAUCCUCCUUUCGAAUCCAUGAAAACAACGUUUCGGACUGGGAUGAAGCUGAAGGUCGCCUCACUUGGGUCCCUCGGAGGUGUCAACAGAUUCACCGCCAAGCGUUUUGUGUGCGAGUGGCUUAAAAACUUCGAAGAGAAUGUUCCGAAAUCCUUUGGUGAUUUGAAACAAGGACAGCUUGUUUGUGGCGUGAUCUCCCAGCGUGUGCCUGAUGUUUGCCUGUACAUCGAAUUAGUCGGCGGAUGUGGACUCCUCGGUAAAGUGGCAUUUGCGGACAUUGACGGAGGCAAGGAUGGAGCAACUGGUUUACAAAUUGGACAGACAGUGCUAGGACGUAUACGUAAAAUAAAUGCUGAGAAGAAAACCUUCCGUAUUACCUUGAAACUGGCUGAUUGUGUGCCCGAUCAGAACCUGCCUAUAGAAGCUCCAUCACCGUCAUCUUCUCUCGCCAUGCAACUGUUGCGCUCAUCAGUCGAAGAACUGAUUGCGUUUGCAGAGCAUUCCACGACAAAAUUGCCAUCUCCUGGCACGACUGUUGCUGCAACCGUAUCUCAGGUUGUCGAUGACGUACUUUUCGUGACGUUUGGUGGAAAGUUAACUGGAUGUGUUCGUAAUGGCAACUACACCAAGGGUGUUAAGAUUGGAGAUAAAAUCAAGUGCCUUGUCAUCGAUUACGUUUUUCCACGUAACGAUGCAGAAUUGGUUAUGGUAGAUUCAAUUAAUGCCGUGCCAUCCAAGAAAAAAAGCAAAAAGGAACGAGGCUCAAAGGAAGCUGCAUCUGCAGAUCGAGUGGUUUUGGUCAAAAGGGACUACAUAGUUGUGCUGCAGCAGAAGGAGCGUUUAGUAUUCGCUCCAUCGAGAUUUCAUCCCAACCAAACUGUCGAGAUUAAGAAUGUACGCGUGGCUUACGGUGAUGAGGUGAAAGUUCGGAACUCUAUUCAAAUAGCGAGUGGCGCAUGUCUUGGCCUCUUGGAAGGUGAUGAAGAACUGAUAGCAAAGCUGCUCACAGCAAGCGCAAACGUGUCUAAGUCGUUUACAGGAAAGAAUUCUAACGAGCGUGUGGACAGAAAUGUCGAACAUCCUCGAAAGUCAAAAUCCGAACUGGGCAUCCGGACAAAAAGUGUUAAAAAUCUUGGGACGUACACAGGUACUGUGUUGGGUCCAUGGACCAGUGAUGAUCGAAGUGAUCAUGGAAAGCUUGCUGCUCUUGUUGAAUUACCUGGUGGAAAUAUAGGUCGCCUUCAUGUUUCUGAACUACCUUUGCAAUUCUUGAUGGGAAGUACCUGCCCACUCAAAGACUUUAUCAAGCGAAAUUACAAAAAGGCAGUAGUUGUGAAGAUUAUAAACUUCUUCUCUGUCAAAAGGGGCGAAUCGAAGAUUCGAGUCGCCGAAUUGACGAUGGCUAGCUUGAAGAUGUCUGAUGCUCGGAAAAAAGCAUCGGUAUUUGCCUUCCAGACAGAUUUCAAGCCUGGUGAAGUCGUCCGCUGUUUUGUAAUUCCCAAUCAAGAGAUGACGAGCAAAAAUAUACGUGUGGAGGUUAAUCCUUUUUGCUCUGGUCAAAUAGCAUACGAAGCUGUUAGCGAUGAUUUAAAGGUCAGCGCUCCGGAGCAUGAUGGAGAAGUGUUCGAGUGCUUACCUGAAGGAGGAGAAAUGCGAAUGGCGAAAGUGUUGAAUGCCACAAAGAUCAAGAAAGGUCACGGCCAUGGAUUUUUGAACUUAGCCUUCGAUAUGCAAGCGAAUGUUAAGAAAUUCGAACCUGGCCACCGUCUGACUGCUAGGGUGACACAUGUCAGGCAUCAUCCCCUGUCUGUGCAAUUCCACUUGGCAAAUGGGCAGCAGGCGACGUUGUGUGCGACGGCAAUCGCUAACAAUUAUGAGAAAGUCCAUCAGCAUAUUGAGCAUUUCAAGCGUGAUGGGAUCUUUCAUCUGUAUGCUUUGCGCCAAGAACAGAACCCUCAGCGAAAUUACGUUUGCGCAGAGGGGCGGUAUGAGACUUAUCUGAAACACAAAGAUGCCCCAAUUAGGAAAGAAGAACGAAGGCGAUUGCUUGUCGACCGCAGUGAUGCUACGGCUGGAUUAGUGUGCGACGGUUUCGUAGUUAAACAUACAAUAGAUGCAGUUUUGGUGGAAAUUGGACCCGGAAUUGUUGGUCGUUUACGAAAAAUACAUCACCCAGAGAUUCCUGCAAUCACGUUGAACUCUAUACUGACCGUGCGAGUGCGUGAAAUUGAUGGUGAAGGUCGAAUAUCUCUAUCACUUGUUGCCAUUGUAUUCAAGGCUCCUGCUAUCCAGGAAAGAAAACGGACAGCUGAAAAAGAUGACACCAUAGUGCCGAAAAAAGAGAAGAAAGAGGAGGAGUCUCCUGAACCAGCUGAAAAGUUGAGCGAUCCGGGUUUUGACUGGUCAAAUGCUGGUUUCCGCCCAGAAGACCUUGCCGCCGUAGGCAAACUUGGCAGUGAUGAUGGCGAAUUUGCUAAAGAAGAGCAGGACAUGGAAAAAGAGCGAAGGUUGGCAAAUCGAGAGGUGGAGCUCUCAGGUGACUUCGAGCCGGAAACUCAAGAGGACUUUGCUCGUCUUCUACGUAAAGAUCCCAAUUCGGCUGAGAUCUGGAUAAGAGAGAUUCCUGCAAUCACGUUGAACUCUAUACUGACCGUGCGAGUGCGUGAAAUUGAUGGUGAAGGUCGAAUAUCUCUAUCACUUGUUGAAAUUGUAUUCAAGGCUCCUGCUAUCCAGGAAAGAAAACGGACAGCUGAAAAAGAUGACACCAUAGUGCCGAAAAAAGAGAAGAAAGAGGAGGAGUCUCCUGAACCAGCUGAAAAGGUUUCGUUGAGCGAUCCGGGUUUUGACUGGUCAAAUGCUGGUUUCCGCCCAGAAGACCUUGCCGCCGUAGGCAAACUUGGCAGUGAUGAUGGCGAAUUUGGUGACAGCUCUGCAGCCAAUUCUACAGCUGAUAAGGUUAAGGCAGCGGAAGCUGAGAAACCAUCGGUGGAAGUCAAGAAAGAGCGAACGAAGGAUUUGAAGAAAGCGAAGCCAAUGACUAAAGAAGAGCAGGACAUGGAAAAAGAGCGAAGGCUGGCAAAUCGAGAGGUGGAGCUCUCAGGUGACUUCGAGCCGGAAACUCAAGAGGACUUUGCUCGUCUUCUACGUAAAGAUCCCAAUUCGGCUGAGAUCUGGAUAAGAUACAUAUCGUUCUUCCUUGAAAAGAAUGAUCUCACAAAGGCCCGUGCAACGGCAGAGCGAGCUCUAACUGUAAUCAGUUACAGGGAAGAAGCUGAGAUUUUCAACAUUUGGACUGCGUUCCUCAACAUGGAAGUGGCGUACGGUGAUGAGACAUCGGUAAAAGAAGUGUUCAAUCGAGCAUGUGGUAAUGCAGACGCCUUCAAAAUUCAUAAACAGAUGGCUGCCAUUUAUUCGGACACCGGCAAAAAUGAACAGGCUGAUGAAAUUUAUGAAGCCAUGGUAAAGAAGUUCCGCGCCAAUUCCGAUGAGGUUUGGACACUGUAUGGCGAGCAUCUGAUGAAAACCGAUCGUGCCGAUUCAGCGCGUGAAUUGAUGAAGAGGGCACUAACGAGCGUUCCAAAGCAGAGGCAUGUUCCAUUGAUCAGUCGAUUUGCCCAGAUGGAGUUCCGUAAUGGAGAUGUUGAGAGGGGACGCACGUUGUUUGAAAGUGUGGUAACUGCUUAUCCAAAGAAAACAGAUGUGUGGCUGGUGUAUGCGGAUCUUUGUCUUAAACACUCGGGAAUUGAGAUGGCUCGCCAAGUGUUGGAACGAGCAUGUGCCCUGAAACUUAGUAUGCACAAAUUACGGCCGCUGUUCCGGAAGUGGAUGGACGCCGAGCAACGGUUUGGCGACGACAAGUCGCGGUUAUUGGUAAGCUUUUUGAGUUAG